GCAGUAACUCCAACAACUGAUGCUUCUACAGUAACAGAUGUGAACCCCACAUCCACACCUUUCUCCUCAGCAAAUACAAGUCCACCUAUAACAACAAUAAGUGCUGCUCCAACACCAUCUUCAGUCACUAAAGAUUAUACAACCACAGCUGUGACACCCACACCCUUGCGUGUUUUUUCAGGACCUACAAUUGCACCUCCAGCAACAGAAAAUGCUGUUCUUACCUCAACACUUCCUUCAAUAUCUUCAACUUCUUUUGUAUCACCAAGCACAACAAUCAUAUCUCCUACCACAAUACCACUUUUCACAAAAACCAGAACUGCUGCAGCAACAACAUUUGUCACACCCACAACCAUGCCAAUGUUAUCAGAAUUUACGAAAUCAUUUCUAACAACCUCACCUUUGCUAAAUGCAACAACAAAUGCAGUGACUCUGACUAGUCUUUCAGAAACACAAAAUACAGCUCCAACUGCAUUUGUAUCUCAAAGCACAAAAACAACUGUGUCUUUAGCAACCACUGAAACUACUGCACCAACCAUUAUAUUUGUAACUCAAGAAACCACAAUGCCAUUGUCAACGUCAGCUACUGGUGCUUCGCCAAUUACAAGUGUGACUCCAAUGACUGCAUCUGGAGUUAAAACAAGUAUUCCUAUAAACUCAGCUGCUACAAUUGCAUCAACUCAAACAACAGCAGCGGUGGCAAGCAAAAUGCUAUUCAACUCCUCGUCUCCAGUCCCCAGUGAAUCUCAGGUCAUGAGUGCUAUCAAUACUCUCCUGAAAUCUAGAGAGUCACAGCUCAGUGAAUCCUUGAAGGUCGUGAAUGUCACCUAUGAGAAAAUCUCAGAAACCUCAUAUGCUGUGUUAGUCACAUUUCACGUGGUUAACAUCAGCAUGCCAGAAGACCCUGAUCUCAGAGGCGACACCUACCAGCAAGUGAAGGAUAUCAUCAAUGAUGCGCUGAACACUCUUCUGAAUGAACCUGGCAAGAUUGUUUUUGAACCCAAGUCUUCCAAUUUUACGAGCUCUUCAAAUCAGAUUGAUGGCGGGAUGGACUACACCUUCCAGGAUGGAGAUGCCAUACAACCAGUCAGCUUCCUAAAUGAGCUACGUCUGCCAACCACUACAACAGUGCUUCCAGAAACAACAACAGGUUUCACUGUGACCCCUUCAAGUCUCAUACCUGGUUCAGCAGUGGUCACAAGCAAGCUGGUGUUCAACUCCUCAUCUCCAGUCCCCAGUGAAGCUCUGGUCCUCAGCGCUAUCAACACUCUCCGUAAUUCCAGAGAGUCACAGCUCAGUGAAUCAGUGCAGGUGGUGAAUGUCACCUAUGAGAGUAAGUGUCUUGUUUGAAGGUUUAAAUCGUUUUGA